AUGUACGAAAGCGUCGAAAGUGAUAAAAAUGAUCAAGAAGAACCAGUAAAAAUUUGUUCAGCCGAUAAAGAAUGUGGUGCUAUUUUUGCUGAUAACGGCUUUACUGGAAAUCAAAUAAAUCAAACAUUAAUACAUGCUAAUAUCUUCUUAAAGCUUCAAUGA